UUUAUUAUUCUCAGAUAUUUCGACAUUUCGACUAUACGACUAAUACCACUACACACGACCCACGACUUUAUUGAUAAUUAUUUUUAGCCGUAGUAAUUUAGUAAUACGUGAUCGGUGUGUGAUAUAGGGAGUGCGGAAGUGAGUAAUAGUGAAUGCAAAUUGCAUUUAUAGCUGUAUUAAAAUUUUACUGUAACAAUUAUAGUCAGUUAAUUCUUUAACAGCACUUAAUUUAUAGAUUUUUUGAGUUAGUGUAUUUCGCUUACAACAUGAGCACUCCAGUGAAAAAAGUACCGAUUCAUUUGCAGAGCUCCCAGAAUCGCUUGGUCAUUAAAAAUGGCACCAUCGUGAAUGAGGAUGGCCAAACCAAUGAAGACGUCUACAUUGAAGAUGGCAUUAUUAAACAAAUUGGUAAAAAUCUCAUCAUCCCAGGAGGAACCCGAGUAAUCGAUGCCAAGGGAAGAUUCGUCCUUCCUGGAGGUAUCGACCCCCACACUCAUUUUGAUUUCGAAUUUAUGGGAACAAGAACUGUCGAUGACUUUUAUCACGGGAGUAAAGCUGCCAUUGCUGGAGCAACAACAAUGAUCAUUGAUUUCGUGUUUCCCAAAGAAGGAGAGUCACUUCUGGACGCCUACCACGAAUAUCGCCAAAAGGCCGAUGGUAAAGUUUGCUGCGACUAUGCUUUGCAUGUCUGCCUACCUCGCUGGUCAGAACAAAUAAAGAAAGACAUGGAAAUUCUUUGUCGGGAUUACGGCGUGAACUCGUUCAAGAUGUUCAUGGCCUAUGAUUUCAUGCUGAACGACGGAGAACUGUACAGCGCUUUUGAACACUGCCAUAAACUAGGAGCUUUAGCUCAGGUUCAUGCCGAAAAUGGAUCGCUAAUCGCAAAAAACGCUGAGAGGCUCUUGGCGAAAGGUAUAACAGGUCCUGAGGGCCACGAAAUGUCUAGACCAGAGGAGGUCGAAGCUGAAGCUGUGAACCGGGCUUGUGUUAUUGCGAAACAGGUGAACGCUCCACUGUAUUUGGCUCACAUUACUUCGGACAAAUCGGCCGAUAUUUUGAGUAAAAGUCGCUCGGAGGGCCUGAAAGUGUUUGGAGAAGUGGAAGCGUCUGCGAUCGGCAUCACAGGACAACCCCUAAAUUCCAAUAUGAUUACAUCACCGCCCAUCCGAUCUAACUCUGACACAUCACUCAAACUUUUGAAAUAUUUGGCAUCGGAUGUGCUACAACUAACUGGCAGCGACAACUGCACAUUCAAUCAGUCCCAGAAAGCGGUUGGUAAAAACGACUUUACCAAAAUCCCGAAUGGAUUGAAGAUCCAAGACGAAUAUGUUUGUCCAUCUCCAACUCUCCCGGAGUCUGCUGUAAGUACGCCUUCUUGCAGAGGAUCAAGACCAGAAGGUCAAAGAAAUAUUCAAGAGUCUACCUUUUCCGUUAGUGAGGAACUAGACCUGGAAAGAAAGUCUUGCAUUCGUGUGAACAAUCCUCCUGGUGGAAAGUCAUCUGGUUUCUGGUAAGGACAUUAACCCCUAAGCCCUAAAAUAUAUCAUCAGUAAUACCAAAGCUUGUUCUUAUUUAAUGUAAAUGUUUUACUUAUUCAGUACCUGUUUUGUUUUUAUACAUUUAUCCAAAGAAUGGUUGUUAUAUUUAUUCAUAAACAUUUUCCAUGACUGAAAGUAACAAGUAACCUUGCUAAGUUACAAAGUCACGUGGACCAUCUUUCAUUCAUUGUGAUUGUGAAAAAGCAUGAUAUGAAAGUGAAAUAAAAAGUGUAGUUUUUUUAGUUGUUUGGUUAUAUAAACUUGUUGAGAAAUGAUGUAGAAGCGAAGAUAGUUCUGUCAAGUGGUUUAUUUUUUAUAACUGUCAUUUGAUAUUAAGUUUUUUAAAUUUUGAUACACCGAAAUGUUUUCUCUAACAAAGUGAAAAAAUAUUUUAGAAUUGGAGAGAAUGACAAAUUCGCUUCUAGAUCUGCCAAGUUGUAUUAUAUGUAACAAUUUUAUAUUCUGUUGCUUGUUUUUGACUCGAUUUCGUAGUGUCUGAAAGAUAUUUUCAACAUCUCAUAGAAAUUUAGUCCGAUUUCAAAGUCAUCACAAGGUGAUAUUCAUAGGAAUAAUGAAAUGACAUACCAAAAUUCAGGUUAAAAAAAAAUUCAAAUCUAGUCUAGAUGCUUCACAAAAUGCCAAAAUUACAAUCUUUUUUCAUCAUUAGAUAUUUUCUUUUUCAGUCCUCGUUCAUUAUUAAUUAAAUAUCACAAUAUAAAAGCCACAAGUGUUCAAAAUACUGAAAAAAAUUCUGCUUCACAUCACGUCACUUAUAUUUCUUAGGUAGUUUUCAUUAUUCCAUGAAUGAAAAAUUUAUCUCGUGCGAACUCACCAGCUGUAUUUUAAUAUUAUCUUUGUUUUGUAUUAGUAUAAUCGUUAUAACCAUCUAUCACAAAGUAUUUGUUAUGUUCUUGUAGUUGAUAAUUAUGUAUUUGUAUUAGCCACUAAUAAAGUGAUGAUAUGACUAAAA